AUGGCCAAGUUGAGUCUGUUUGCCCUGGCCACUUGGGUUGGCCUAGCGGCAGCGAAGGAUGUCUACCUAAACUGGACCCUCACCUGGGUUAAUGCUUCACCCGACGGAUUUGAGCGGCCGGUCAUUGGUAUAAAUGGCCAAUGGCCCUGUCCGCAGAUUGAUGUGAACGUGGGCGACCAACUGAUCGUGGAUGUCUACAACGGUCUUGGAAAUGAGUCUACGGCUAUCCAUUGGCACGGCAUGCACCAGUUUAGCACUGGUGUUAUGGAUGGUGCGGUUGGAGUCACCCAAUGUCCACUACCCCCCGGCAAACACAUGCAGUAUCACUUCGAUGUCAACCAAGCCGGAACAUACUGGUAUCACUCACAUAACGCGGGCCAGUACCCCGAUGGACUUCGUGGGGCUUUGAUUGUGCACGACCCCAGGCCACCUUUUUCCUAUGAUGAUGAGUUCACACUUACUCUGAGUGACUGGUACCACCGGGAGAUGCCAGAUUUGCUCAGCUCGGCCGAAGUGGCCCAAGGCGCUGAGCCCCUCCCUGACUCGGCCUUGAUCAACGACUCAACCAAUACAAAAAUCAAGGUUCUUCCUAAUAAGACGUACCUGGUUCACAUCAUAUGCAUUGGAAACUGGCCUGGCCACUUCUGGGUUAUCGAUGGCCACGAGAUGACUGUCGUGGAGGUUGAUGGCGUUUACACUGAACCAUACCCUGCCGGAGACAAGUUCCUGCGUGUCGCAACUGGCCAGCGUAUGAGUGUCUUGAUCAAGACCAAGGCUGACGCGAGUAAGAACUUUGCGAUCUGGGAUACCAUGGAUGUGAACAUGAUGUUUGUCUUCGAAAACAAAACCAUCCCGGAAAACUACAACCCCAAUGCGACUGCCUGGUUGGUUUACGACGAGGCCAAGCCCCUGCCUGAGCCUCCCAUCAUCAAUCACAUCGAUUUCCAAGAAGACUUUGUGGAUGAUGUCACUUUUGUGCCAGCCGAUCACGAGCCCUUGCUCGAGCCCGUGGACCACCAGAUCGUCUUGGAGACCGGCGGUGCGUUAGUCGACGGUGUGCCGCGCUUUACUGUCAACAACAAGACCUAUAUAGGCCCUAAGGUGCCAUCUCUAUACACUGCUAAUACCGUCGGUCUUGAGUUUUCCUCUAAUCCUGACGUGUAUGGUCAAGUAAACCCCUUCGUUGUCAAGCACAACGAGAUCGUCGAAAUCGUGAUCAACAACCACCACAACAACCUUCACCCAUGGCACUUGCACGGACACCAGUUCCAGGUUCUGCAGCGUACCCCAGUGGAUGGCGGCUACUACACUGGUCUCUCGAGCAACGUCUCCGCGACUCCAAUCAGACGGGACACUAUCAUGGUCCAGAAUCAUGGCCACACCGUCAUCCGUUUCCGCGCCGACAACCCCGGUGUCUGGAUGCUACACUGCCACAUCGAGUGGCACGUCGAGUCUGGUCUGAUGGCUACCAUUAUCGAGGCUCCCGAGACCUUCCCGAACACCGUGCAUGCUCCCCCGAAGAGCCACUACGACGCGUGUGCUGCCUAUCCGGAACCCGUGAGUGGCAAUGCCGCUGGCAACGAUGGUCUUGACUUGACCGGACUUGACACUGUGCCCACCGCCGGUAGCCACGGAGCUCUGUAUACCACCACCCAGGGCACUCAAACCCCUGCUAUGGCGCAUCCGUCUCAGCAAUCGCCACAAGCGGCGGUGGCCGAGUCACAGCCCCAGACUCCCCAGCCCGAGUCCGUGCUGGCAGCACCCCGUCCUAGCGACAACCCCGCCAACCUCCAGGGUUACUGGCCCGACUCUCACACGGGCGAGACCAAUAUCUCCGUCGACAGCCCCGGCAAGUCGCAUGAUCAUCACGUUACCAUCCACGAGGAGUCGAUCAAAGGCCCGGGGCUGAACCAGGAUUCUUACAGUGGCUAUGUUAUCGAUGGCGACAAGAAAUAUCCCAUUCCAGACGAUGGUGCUGAUGUUUGGGAUGAAGUCCAGAAUUGA